CACCGCGCGGCUUACGGGCUCCGUUUCCGCUUGUUCUCGAUUUGGGGUCCUCGCGUGGAAAAAGGGCUGUGUCCCUUGGAGGAUCUUGGCCCGGGUCCGGCGGGGCGCGCGAACCCGAAAUCAGGUUUGAACCCCUGACGCCAGAUCCUGGAUCCUGAAGUACACCGUCGGUGGAGCAGAGCCCAGAGAAGCGAAGAAUGGCAGCUACACAUUCAAAAGCAAAGUCCGAGCUCUGCCUUUUCCAGACUCUGUGUUUCUCUAAGAUAACAAUCCAGAAGAGGAUGGAUCAUUUCUUACAGCUCUGAAAGCCAUGGAUUCGAGAUCAGUGAAGUUCAGGGAUGUGGCCAUAGACUUCUCCCAGGAAGAGUGGGAGUGCCUGGACUCUGCUCAGAGGGAUUUGUAUAGAGACGUGAUGUUGGAGAACUUUAGUAACUUGGUGUCACUAGACUUGCCUUCAAAGUGUGCAAAUAAGACUUCUCCCAAAAAGGACACUUAUGAAACAGAAUUAUCCCAAUGGGAAAUGAGUGACAGGCUUGAAAACUGUGAUCUUGAAAAGUCCAGUUGCAGAGAUUAUUUGGAAGUCAAAAGCAUACUGGAAAAUCAGCAAGAAAAUCAGGAAUAUUUCAGGCACGGGAUGAUCAUAUAUGAAAAAAUGUCCAUUUUCAACCAGCAUAAUUAUUUGUCUCAACAUCCCAGAUGUCAUUCUACUGAGAAACCCUAUAAAUGUAAGGAAUGUGGGAAGGCCUUUAGACGAGCCUCACACCUAACUCAACAUCAGAGUAUUCAUACUGGGGAAAAACCCUAUGAAUGUCAGCAAUGUGGAAAGGCCUUCAGUCGUGAUUCACAGCUCAGUCUUCAUCAGAGACUUCAUACUGGUGAGAAACCCUAUGCAUGCAAGGAAUGUGGGAAGGCCUUUACCCAGAGCUCACAACUUAUUUUACAUCAUAGAAUUCAUACUGGUGAAAAACCAUAUAAAUGUGAAGAAUGUGGGAAAGCUUUUAUUCGUAGCUCACAACUCACCCGACAUCAGAAAGUCCAUACUGGUGAGAAACCAUACGAAUGUAAAGAAUGUGGGAAGGCCUUCACUCAGAACUCACAGCUUACUUUGCACCAGAGACUUCACACUGGUGAGAAACUCUAUGAAUGUAAAGAAUGUAGAAAGGUCUUUACUCAGCUCUCACAACUUAUUCUGCAUAAAAGAAUUCAUACUGGUGAAAAGCCCUAUGAAUGCAAGGAAUGUGGGAAAGCUUUUAUUUGUGGCUCACAACUUUCUCAGCAUCAGAAAAUUCAUAAUGGGGAAAAGCCCUAUGAAUGUAAAGAAUGCGGGAAGGCCUUUAUUCGUGGCUCAUUACUUAUGCAACAUCAGAGGAUCCACACUGGUGAAAAACCCUACAAAUGUGAAGAAUGUGGGAAGGCCUUUAUCCGUGGCUCACAACUUACUCAACACCAGAGAAUUCACACUAAUGAGAAGCCCUAUGAAUGUAAGGAAUGUGGAAAGACCUUUAGCCAUGGUUCCCAACUUACUCAGCAUCAGAGAAUUCACACUGGUGAAAAACCCUAUCAGUGCAAGGAAUGUGGAAAGGCCUUUAAUCGUGGCUCACUCCUUACUCGACAUCAGAGAAUCCACACCGGUGAGAAACCCUACGAAUGUAAAGAAUGUGGAAAGACCUUUAGUCGUGGCUCAGAACUUACGCAACAUGAGCGAAUUCACACUGGUGAGAAACCCUACGAAUGUAAGGAGUGUGGGAAGUCUUUUAUCCGUGGCUCACAGCUCACUCAACAUCAGAGAAUCCAUACUGGUGAGAAACCCUAUGAGUGUAAAGAGUGUAGAAUGGCCUUUACUCAGAGCUCUCAUCUUUCUCAGCAUCAGAGACUUCAUACCGGUGAGAAACCCUAUGUAUGUAAUGACUGUGGGAAGGCCUUUGCUCGUGGCUUACUGCUUAUACAGCAUCAGAGAAUUCAUACAGGUGAGAAACCGUAUCAGUGUAAGGAAUGUGGAAAGGCCUUUAUUCGUGGCUCACAACUUACUCAACAUCAGCGAAUUCACACUGGAGAAAAACCUUAUGAAUGCAAGGAAUGUGGGAAAGCCUUUAGUCACGGCUCUCAACUUACUCUACAUCAGAGAAUCCAUACUGGUGAGAAGCCCUAUGAAUGCAAAGAAUGUAGAAAGGCCUUUACUCAGAGCUCACAUCUUUCUCGACAUCAGAGGGUUCACACUGGUGAGAAACCUUAUCAAUGUAAGGAAUGUGGGAAAGCUUUUACUCGUGGUUCACAACUAACUCAACAUCAGAAAAUUCAUGUCAGUGAAAAAUCUUUUGAAUAUAAAGAAUGUGGGAUAGAUUUUAGUCAUGGUGCACAGUUAUUUGAGUCUUUGUGAUUGAUAUAAAGAGCCUUCCCUGGUCAUUAAUCCUUUAUCAGAUAAUUCUUAUAUGAGUAUGGGAGUACAUUUGCCUCAUAAAAGCCAGAAGUGAUGAAUUUAUGUGGCAGAAAGAUAGCGUUAUUCAUGUAGAAAAAAGAUAUUGCAGGAAACAAAUUAAAUUUAUCAACAGAGAAUAGUUCUGUUGUGUAGUAAAGAUAGGAAGACCUUAGCCAUAGCAUAUAUGUCUUUUGCAAAAUUAUCUUCAUGCUACCACUUGCUUUUCUUUGUGACAUUCAUCAUAAUUAACCUCUGUUUUGGUUUACUCAUUUGUAAGAUGGGCCUAAGAAUAAUACUUUCUUUAUUAGGUUCUUGGGAGUAUUAUGUGAAUUAUUACAUGUAAAGCCUUAGUGCCUUGAACAUAGCAUUUCACAAAUAUUAGCUAUCACUAUUAUUAGUGUUAUUUUAGAUUUUUUGCAUGAGAGAAGGACAUUUAGGAGUGUAAGGGAUAUUAAGGAAUUUUUCAUUAAUGUUUAACCCCAAUUAUUUGACUGGGGGCCACUGUAUGCUAUAAAAUAUAAGAAAGCUUUCAUUCAGGUAUCAUCCCAUAUACUUAAGAGGAAAUUCAUGCUGUAAAAAAGAACUCUGUAGAUUUAAUAAGUGAGUUGUU